AUAGACAAGAAAAAGACACAACCAAUGAAAGGGGUGCAAUUGAUACGGAGACUGGAAACAUCUUUUAACACCACAAAUUAGAUACGCUCUUCUUCGCCAAACUUUGUUCACACGUGUCAAAUUUCUAUAUCCCCUCUUUCUCUCUCUAGACCUCUUGCUUCUCCUCUCUUUCUCUCUCCUCUCUCCUCCUCUCAUCUUUGCUACUUGCGUCUUUUCUGGCUCUCUUUUCAUCUGCUCCAACUCCCGCUACUUUUCUCGAUUUUUCUCUUCAGUUUCGUCUGGAAAGUAGGUAGGGUUUUCAAUUUCCAUCUGAAUUUUAAUUUGUAAGUUGGAAUUGGAGAUUUGCAAGUGGAGUCAAAGGGCGAUGGGGUGAUCUUUCAGCUUUUGAAGAUGUUUGAUUGGGACGACCAAGAGCUAGCAAAUAUUAUAUGGGGUGAAGAUACAGAAGCUAAUGAUCACCUUGUACCUUUUCCUGAAGACCUUGAGAAAAAAGUGUUGGAUUAUGUUGAUAAUGACAAAAAAACAUUGAUUGAGGAUGAUUCAAAAAGUGAGUUAGAUAAAAACAAAUCCACUUCAAAGUUGUUUCUAGAAAGAAGUAAAAGAGAUAAGAAUGAUAGUCUUUCUGAUAUGGGAGUACUUACCAAUGCUGAGCUUGACAUGCCUUCCUUUUCUGGUUCCAAAACUCACGAUGUUUGUAUAGCUAAGAAAAGUCAGUUAGCUAUUGGUCCAAAAACUUCCCUGAAUCAUCAUGAGGACAAAGUGCUUGGUGAUCUUGUUGGAAACAGCUGGAGUAGCAUUGGGAGUUUUGAUGAUCUUGAUCGGAUAUUCAGCAACGAUGAACUAGAGGGGAACACAAGUCUCGGCAGCACAGAUGAGCUUUGGUCUUCAUCGAAGGAUCUCCUAACUGGGGUGGCUAAAUCCUCAUCUGCAGCUCUAGGAUCAACAAACUGGGAAUUCGGAGCAUUAGGAUGCACUGCUGCAAACGAGAGAGAUUCUGAAUUUCUGCACAAUGAAAACCCCUCUUUAACUACUGGUUCGCAAAAGCAAGAUAGCCUCUCUCCUUACCCCCACCAAACCAUUGGCAAGCAUGUUGAGAAAGAGGUUUAUACUAUGGGUGUCACAGAUUUGGCCAGAAAAGAGGAGAAAUGGUUUAAAGCUAAGACAAAAAAAGAGAAGGCAAUUGAGAAACAAACUGAUUCUAGUUCAUUGCGGGGUAUAUAUGACACAUGGCCAUCAUCUGCAUUGAAUGUUCCACAAUUUGGUCGCCAAUGUGCUCCAGCUACACUACAAAGUUACCCCGUGUCUCCCUCUGAUCAACAGGACUUGUCUCAGGGUUAUAGGACCAUGCCUUAUCAACAGUUUGCUCCUCGAUAUGAUGCUCCUUAUGCAUACCGGAAUUUCAGUAAUCAACAUGCAGCGAUGGGCAGACUAAAUCCAACGGAUGAUGAACAUCAGUCUAUUCUUUCUAGUUCUGAAGUUAGUCCUGGUGACGUAAUGUCUUUAAACAAGCCAGCGGAGACUAUAUCAAAACCCACAAAGAUGACGCCGCAAGAGAAGAUUGAAAAGCUGAGGCGGCGUCAGCAAAUGCGAGCGAUGCUUGCUAUCCAGAAACAGCAGCAGCGAUUGGCUCACCAGGUUUCAAGUGGGGAUUACCCCUUUUCUGGUUGUAGCUUCGAGGAGAAUCAAAAUUUUCGGAUGGAAAAGAGUGAUGUGGAGCCUGAUGAGAUUUCGAACACUCUUCCUCGCUAUGAUCCAUGCUCUCCAAACAGAGAAUGUGAUCCUAGUAGGAUUUCCAGCAUUGAAAGCUAUUCAGUGGAGGACUCAGUUCUCUACCAGCUCCAAGAUAUUAUAUCAAGACUAGAUAUGAACAUAAGGCUGUGUAUAAGAGACAGCUUAUAUCGGUUAGCCCAUAGUGCGACUCAAAGACAUUAUUCUAGCAAUACAAGCAGUGUUAAAAGGAGCAACACAUACGAGCUUGAGAAUGCACUGGAAGAGACUACCAGCUGUGACAGAUUUGUUCCAAAUGUAAAUGUGGAGACUGAGACGAACCAAAUAGACCGAGCUGUGGCUCACCUGCUCUUUCAUCGACCUCUCAAUUUUUCAGUUAGACAUAUUGAGACGCCAGAGUCUUCUACAUCGACAAAAGUGUCAACCGAACAAGAAAUAGUUGGUCCAUGCACCCUGCCAGUUGGUUUGUUGGGCAAGGAUUCUGAAAACGAGCAUAAUCUCUCUCAACAUGAACCUAAAAGUCCUCAAACAUUUGUGGAUUCCCAUGAAGAUGUCUCAAACGACGUUUCUCAAAAUGAAAUAAGAGCCAAUCCACACAUGAAACAAAUGAUGGCAGAGCAUGCCGACUAAAAUUUUGGCAAUUGAAGAGAAAUCAAUCUGGAUGAUAAGGGUAAUUCCUUCCUUUAUCUCUUCAUUGCUAAUUAAUUUUCAUUUGUAAGUUGAUCUACCGGAUUACUUGUAAUUGGGUGGUUUUCUUUCUGUGUCAGCCAACUUGGUCUUUGCAAGCCGCGUGUGAUGGAGGUUACUAAUUUUCUUUGCAUCAGACCAGGGCAUCUGUCCGCUUAAGGCAGUUUAUCUACAUACUCACCUAUAUCUUCUAAAUUUGUUAUUACUGAGUUUUUUGUGUGGACGUUUCUAUGUUUCUAAUGAAGCUACCCGACUUCAUGGUAGUAACCACGCAUAGCCUUGCUGCUGACGUGUAUGAUUUGUUGGUUGUUGAUGUCUAAUAAACUAGUUAAACUGCCGAGGUGGAUUUUUGAAGUCACCAUUUUGGAUAUGUUGUGAUCAGUUAAAAGGCUUGUUACGGCCGAUGAACUGGCUUCGUAGGAGAUUAUGAUAUGACACAAUUAAGUAAAUACUUAUCAGAUUAAGUACAUAAUGUUGUUUUAGAGAAA